AUGGGGUCGAAACCGUGGCUCUACCCUGCUUCCACCUAUCGAACUUUGGAAACUUUCUGGGACACCGAUGAGGACGCGCCUGGCCCUCGCUGUGGGCACACCCUCACUGCAGUUGCCGCCACCAAAACGCAGGGUCCCCGCUUGAUCUUGUUUGGCGGCGCCACUGCCAUUGAAGGAGGAUCUUCCUCCGCUCCCGGCAUUAGGUUAGCUGGAGUCACAAAUACUGUUCAUUCAUAUGACGUGCAAACUAGAAAAUGGACCAGUCUUAAACCUGCCGGAGAGCCACCGUCUCCUCGGGCUGCUCAUGCCGCUGCUGCAGUUGGCACCAUGGUUGUUUUCCAGGGUGGGAUAGGACCCGCUGGGCAUUCUACUGAUGAUCUCUACGUGCUUGACUUGACCAAUGAUAAAUACAAAUGGCACAGGGUUGUCGUACAAGGGCAAGGACCUGGACCUCGCUAUGGCCAUGUAAUGGACUUGGUUGCUCAGAGAUAUCUAGUAACUGUCAGUGGAAAUGACGUUGUUGAAAAAGAAAAGAGGAGGCAUAGGCUUUAUCGAUGGAACAGUCGGGUUUGCAAAAUAGUAGAGCAUAACAUGAAUGAUGAGCUUGACUUACUACGGAAAAGAGUUGUAUCUGAUGCUUGGGCUUUGGAUACUGCUCAAAAACCUUAUGUGUGGCAGAAGCUGAACCCAGAAGGUGACAGACCUUCUGCGAGAAUGUAUGCAACUGCUAGUGCCCGCUCAGAUGGAAUGUUUUUACUCUGUGGUGGAAGAGACUCUUCUGGAGCUCCAUUAGCAGAUGCCUAUGGGCUGCUCAUGCACAGGAAUGGCCAGUGGGAAUGGACCCUUGCACCUGGAGUUUCCCCCUCACCAAGUAGUCAAUUGCGUGCUAUUGCGGCAUUGUGGAGCAUAUAUGGCUAUGGGUCACUUGGUCAAAUCCUGUUGCAUUACCGCUUGCUGUUGUGCCUUGAAUCAUACUCCGUUUCCAGCCAGCCCAUGGCAUCUCUCUUCAAUGCAAACCACCUGACUCAGUUCUCAGCUGCAUUUACAGCUAGCACGUGGCACUCUGGGGGAUUUCCAACCAAUCCACACUCUGUAGAACUUUUGCUCAUCCAAUCUGUGGUCUCUAUGCUGUUCACAUCCUUUGGGGUCUGUAUCUGGUUAGAUAAGGUGGGGGGAAAAGAGAUUAUUCUGACCAAUAUUGUUGUGAAAGAUGUGAUAGCAAAAAUAAAUCUAACAGCUUUGAAGAUUGUUGUUUUGAUCGAAUGGGGCAUUUCAUUCUAUCAGGUUUUUGUUGGUGCACGAUUACAUGUUACGGGAGGUGUUCUUAAGGGUGGACGGUCUGUGGAAGGUGAAGCAUCGAUUGCAGUAUUGGACACUGCUGCUGGGGUUUGGUUGGACAGAAAUGGCAUUGUGUCCUCCUCACGCUCAAACAAAGGUCAUGAUUAUGAUCCUUCUUUGGAGCUUAUGCGUCGAUGUCGCCAUGCAGCAGCAGCAGUUGGUACUCAUAUAUUUAUCUAUGGUGGGCUAAGAGGAGGCAGCUAUGGAGAUAUACUACUAGAUGAUUUCUUAGUUGCUGAAAAUUCUCCAAUGCAGCACGACAUUAAUUCUUCUGAGAGAGUUUCUUCUAAAUCUAACUUCAAUUAUAAUGUGACAUCACCAAAUUUGGAUGGUGGAUCAGACAUUCCGUCAUCUGGUGGCUCUGGCAUGGACAGAAAUUCCUUGGAGAAACUGAGGGAAGCAUCAGCUGCUGAAGCUGAGGCAGCUAGUGCCGUCUGGCAAGCUGUGCAGGCUAUAUCAAAUAGUCCUGCUGAAGAAACAUCUGUGUCAGAUGACAACUCACAAGCUGCAGAAACCGUUUCAGAUGGAAGUGACACAGAGGGAGAUGUUCGCCUUCAUCCUAGAGCUGUUGUAGUUGCCAAGGAGGCUGUUGGUAACCUAGGUGGAAUGAUAAUUUCAACUUUGCUGAGGCCUCGCAACUGGAAAGCUCCUGCAAACAGGCGGUUCUUCUUGGAUUCUUACGAAGUGGGUGAACUUUGCUAUGCUGCCGAGCAAAUAUUCAUGCAUGAACCAACUGUUCUUCAGCUUAAAGCUCCCGUCAAAGUAUUUGGUGAUCUUCAUGGUCAGUUUGGUGAUUUGAUGCGGCUAUUUGAUGAAUAUGGAUUUCCUUCUACCGCUGGAGACAUCACUUAUAUUGACUACCUGUUUUUGGGAGAUUAUGUUGAUCGAGGACAGCACAGCUUGGAAACCAUUACCUUGCUACUUGCUCUUAAGGCAGGCUACAAUAUAAUUGAAUAUCCUGAGAAUGUUCACUUGAUACGAGGAAAUCAUGAAGCUGCUGACAUAAAUGCAUUGUUUGGUUUUCGUAUUGAGUGCAUUGAAAGAAUGGGUGAAAAUGAUGGUAUAUGGGCAUGGACACGAUUCAAUCAACUUUUUAACUAUCUUCCGUUAGCUGCUCUUAUUGAAAAGAAAAUUAUCUGUAUGCAUGGUGGUAUUGGAAGAUCUAUCAAUUCAGUAGAACAGAUAGAGAAGCUUGAAAGACCCAUAACAAUGGAUGCAGGAUCUAUUAUUUUAAUGGACCUUCUAUGGUCUGAUCCCACAGAAAAUGACAGUGUAGAGGGUUUGAGACCAAAUGCUAGAGGCCCAGGGCUUGUCACUUUUGGUCCUGAUCGUGUCACAGACUUUUGUAAGAAAAAUAAAUUACAGCUCAUUAUAAGGGCCCAUGAGUGUGUCAUGGAUGGUUUUGAACGAUUUGCCCAGGGACAAUUAAUCACCCUUUUUUCUGCAACUAAUUAUUGUGGAACUGCGAACAAUGCGGGAGCUAUUCUGGUAGUUGGCAGGGGUUUGGUUGUGGUUCCUAAGUUAAUUCAUCCUUUACCACCUCCCCUUCUGUCUCCUGAGACAUCUCCUGAGCGUGGUAUGGAUGAGACAUGGAUGCAGGAGCUUAAUAUUCAGAGGCCACCUACUCCUACUCGGGGUCGACCUCAGCCUGACCUUGACCGUGGUUCACUAGCAUAUAUAUGA